AUGGCGUCUGCGAGUGUGGUGGGGCAGCACCCGAGUCCGCACAGGCUGGACUCGGAACCUCAGCUGCUCUUCAAGUUGCCCGGCAGAAAGAAAAUCACCCUCCCGAGGAAAUCAUCCUGGGAGAAGAUGAUGUUCAGGAGAAGCUCGGCCAGCAGUGGAGAGUGCGGGUCGGUGGUCUCUCCUGAAGCAGGAACAGCAACUCAUGCCUCGUCUCCGGUACCAGAGGGAGAAACGGCGGCGAGAGGAGGAGGCAAGAUGCCCGGAGUAGGAUGCGUCGCUCCGGCCGCCCCUGCCGCGCCACGUAGCCCGGACCGAGACGGAGAAGAAGAGGGCAACACGGACUGCGACAGGCGGACAGCUCGUGAGAGUCAAACCGGGGACACCACCAGUGACUGUAACAGCAACGUCAGCUGUGACUCAAAUCACAACACGAGUGGUCGCAAAGGGACUUCGCUCAGGAGGUCGUGCAAUGUCAUGCCAGGUGGAUCGGGUGCGAACGGACUCAAAGGAGCGCACCGGCACCGGGACGCGCCACACAGGGGGCGAGACAGCGGACACCAUGGCAUCUUCUCACGGGUGCCAAAGGGAGAGAGAGGCAGCCUCCCUCUGGAGAGGCUCACUCAGGGCAGGACAGGAGUCGUGAGGCUGGCCCGUUCAGAGCCUCACCGCAGGGAGGCCUGGUCCAUCUUUCCCCGGGGUUUGGACCCGAGGGUGAGGACCGAGAGAGGAGAAGGACACCGGUUUGAGGCCAAGCCCGUUGCGCAGGACUGGUGUGACGCCUGCAGCCGUCUGAUCACUGCACAGGCGCUGAAGUGUCAAAGUAAGAUGUAGUGGUUAUCCAACUCUAAUUUGUUACAUCUAAGAAAAAAAACUAAACCCCUGAGCAACAGACUGUUCUAGAAAUUUUGGCUCUAAAAUAUGCACAUGAUUACUUUGCUUCACAGUUGUGCCACAGUAAGUAAUUUCUUUCUAGAAAUGAUGUGAAUAGUUUUUUUUUCUUCAGUAAUAUUUUGGACUAUUUCAUGAGGUAAUACACUGCUUAACUCUUUCACAUUGGUAGUGUAUUUCUACUGUAAAGAAAGCAUGGAGUUGUGUGAAAAUGAAGACCAUUUCCACCCAGACAAAGCCAAAAAUCCUUAAAUGGAAAACCAAUUAUCUUGUCCCUCCAGCUUUGCCUCCUGGAGUUCACACUCUUUCAUUUGUAGCUUCUGUUGGGAGAGAUAGACGAAUCUAGAGGCGCACCAAGGAAAAUCUUUAAAACCCCACUCUGAUUUGUGAGCCUUCAAGCUAAUGUUGACCCUCUGAAAAAGGAUGAGGUUAGAAGGAAGUCAUUUCUUAUGUGCUGAAACCAGGGAAUGCAUUUUUUUUUGUAUUAGCUGCAUGUCUGAGCACUCAUAUUGGCAAUUCAAACCUUUUUUUAUUUAUACCGUGCUUUGUAUCUCUGGAGCCACAUACCUGGCUGUUCAUAUAAAUACUGAGCUGCUCUGAUGUCAUCUCUCCCACCUGCGCAGCUCUGGGACAAAGAGAGUUAAGACAAAGCCAGUUUGACCCUGCAGUCCUUAUAUGUGUCCAAUCACACACCAGAGAUUUUGUACGUACACGUACUGAUCAUGCAUGCUUGCUGUGUUGAUGCAGUGUUCUUCUGUAUGUGGCUGUCUGUGAGUUAAUGCUGAGUCGGUGUUGUGUCAGCAAAACUUUGGCUCUGCAGAAGAGAAGUGUGAAAUAAAGCGAUGGCCGAGAAAUAAGGAGCGAAGAGGUUAGAUAAAGAGAAAAGAGAGCUGAAAGGAAAUGGAAAAGAAAAGGGGAAUCAGUGGUGACAAAAAAGUGGAAGGAACAGGAGGAGAGGAGGAGGGAAGCAGAGUGAUAGAAAUGAGGAGAGACGGGGGGCUACAACAAGAGCAAUGGGAAGGAAAGAGAGCUAGUGGAAGUGAGUGGGGUAGGGUGUGGGGGGGAGUGAGAGUUUGUCCAGCACUGCAGAGCUGUCUGAUUUAGUGUGCUAUCAGCUAGGGCUCAGUGGAGCGAGAGCACAGAUUACUGGAACACUUUUCACUCCCACAUUGAAACACACUUGGUCGAAAGUUUCAAAGUUAUUGUGUCCUCACAUGUCUCUUUAUGGACCGGGCUAAUUAGCAGUGGUUUUCCCCAACCAGCAGCUGUCCUCUGAAAGCCUUUCCUGCUUUUCUUUUUCCUGGAAAACAUCAGAGGUGAUGGUAGUACGCAGUCAUGGGGGUCAUCGGGACAUUCAUGACAAGCGAUACAAAUUUAGGCAUGUCAGGGUAUUUUUGUGGGAAGAAACGUAACCAUGAACGCCUAAAUAGAAACAGCACACACACGCACACAUGCUCUUCUUUCAACUACACCCAGCAAAUGACAGGGAGUGAAAGACGGAGGCCUCGCAGCCGUAAACAACCAUCACUCUGCGUCUUUGUCUUGCUGUAUGCCUCGCUGCCUCAGUCUCUGUCUUUCAUUUAUCAUCUCUAUCUGUGUUUGUUUUGUUGCAUCUGAAGCUUAUAGAAGCAGAGAUGCAGCUCUUUUUUUUCGUCUCCUGGGACGGUGGAUAGCUUGCUGGGCUGCUGUGAUGUGGUCUUGCCCUGCAGGGGAAUCUAUCAAUCCACAGACAGAGCUCCCAGUCUCAUAGUCUGCAGAUGUUUAAUCCUCUGAAUGUAUUCACACUGCUGGCUUUUGGCCCUGGUUCUGAUUUUUUUUUUCCAAAUCUUUAUUGCUUCUCAUGGGAGUUGGAUGUUACUUUGAUUUAUAGCAUGUCAUUGCUUCACAACGACCCCCACUGCAUAUGCGUAAAUACACUCACAGAUGAGAGGGAUUUGUUUAUUCAGUCCUAAUGGUGCAUGACAUAAGUAUAUUACUGACAUGAAAUCAUACGAAGUGUAAAUCCAGAUAUUUAUCAGGAUUAUUUGUCUGCUUUACUGACUAACCUGAGCCACGUAGGGGAAAUAAUCUACCAUCCUUUUUGUAUAUUAUUACCAUUACCACUACCAUAUUGUUCAUGAAAGAAAGUAUGAUAAAUGAUAUCAUACUGUGCAGUAAAUCUGUGCACUAGACUAGGGUUGUCAGUAGGCGUUGUCAGUCAUUACUCCCAUGAUUUGAUUUGUCGUCUCUUUGUCCAGAGCUACUGGUCAGCAAAGGCAGGUAGGAGGCAGGGAGUAAUGGCAGCCUUCUUAAUCCCAGCUCUGGGUGUCUCUGGCCUGGGAUUAUGUCUCAGGGAUAGAGCGGUUGGGAUUACAGACUAGCAGACAGAGUCAGACAUCAGAUUAAUAUUUAAUUAAAGCUCUCAGGGAGUCAUGCUGUUAGCAGCGGCAGUGGUUUUAGUCCUCUGAUAACAGGUUUGGUCCUCUUAAACACUGUUUUAGGAAUGAUAAAGUCGCUAUUUGAAUCUAACUAUAUGGCACUAAACAUGCUUGGUUGUACGUGUAGAGAUAUCUGAACAGUUUAUACACAUUAAAAUGUAGAUUUUUGUCUAUUUUAAUCUUGUUCAACCAACAUCAUUGAUAUCAACUCAUCCCAUAUCGUAGUUGUAUUUGACAGUGGUCAAAACUCUGCCACCAAAGGGAAUGAACAUCUAAGAAAAUAUGUACUUAAAUUUAUUUCAACUGUAUUAGUGUUUUUUUUAUGUAAAACUACCUAAUGUUGAGAAGAGUAUAAAGAUGCAAAUUAAUUGGAUAGAAUAUUAAAACCAGGAUGAGUACGACUCAUGCAAUAUUUUUAUGAUAUUGCAUGAGUCAGAUCUUUUUUUUCUUCCAGAAUAAGAAUUGAUACAGCCCUUUAAACAAAUGUCAUGCCCACCAUGAGUCACCAACUCCUGACUUCAUGAGUCCACGCAGCAGCAGGAAUGACAACAAUCUUGCACUUCACUUUAUAGUAGCAUUCUGUGUCCUUUUGUCAAUCAGAUAUUGUGAACUCUUAUCAUUGGACUGUUUUGUAAUUUAUCAAUAACAACAGAAUAGCUGCAUUGUGACAAUGAGAUGCUGGUCAAUGUUAUGCAUUGUAUCAUAGCGUAGUAUUACCUGGUGAUUUCCGCUCCUAUUUAAAAGGUUAUAAAAUGGAAAGAUAUAGGCAUCAAGUAACAAAGAAGUUACUUGAUGCCUAUAUCUGUAUAACACAUUAUAAAUAUGUAUAAUGUGUUAUAAUCACGUUACAGCACUGUAUAACUAUUGUUAUAAAUGCUCAUAAAUCAAUAAUAAUGACCUUGUAAGUCAUGAUAAAUGCUUUAUAAUGUGUUAUGAUUAUUGCUAUUAAGCAUUAUGAUCAUUUAUGAGUGUUUAUAACUGUAUUUAUACAAGUUUAUAAGCAAAUUAUAACACAUCAUAAAUAUAUGUAGAAUGCAUUAUCUAUGUGGGCAUUGUCGGUGAGUUGUUAACAGUAAUAACACAUAAUAAUACCUGACCUUGUAAGUCAUGAUAAAUGCUUUAUAAUGCAUUAUGAUUAUCACUAUUUGGCAUUAUGAUCAUUUAUAAGUGUUUAUAACUUUAGUCAUACAGUGCUAUAACGUGAUUAUAACACAUUAUACAUAUAUUUACAUUGUGUCAUAGAGAUAGGCGUCAAGUAAAGUGUUACCAAAGUUUGUAUUGAAUUAUUCUAGUACUUAAAUAAUUCACUUAAAAAAAAAAAGAAACUCCAAAAUAUGUACUCAAGAGACUCAAGGUGCAAAGUGGUCAUGUUUGCCAAACAUGAGGUGAAUGCUCUGGAGACCAGAGCCCCUCCAAACACGAUUUCACAACAAGAGAAGCAGCAUUUUUGAACUCUGCAUGUGAGCAAUAUCAGCUCCCACACUUCUCAGAAUCUCCUAAAACCCUGUUAAAAGUAUUUGGGCUUAAAUAUUUGCAUGAAGAGUGAAGCCUGUUGUUGUUACAGCGCAGAUGUGAGGUCGUGUGCUGGUCACUGCAGAGACAAGGAGGGAUAGUCGCAUCGACACAUGGCUGUCAGGAAGCCCCUCAUACACACACACACACACUUUAGGCAGAGACCUUCAGCAUAACCUUUCCAGUGUAUUCUUUAUGCCCCAUGGCAUUCCUGAUCUCUCCCUAGAGGAUAUAUUUUUCCUUGAACCCCGUCUUUUCCUUAUUUCACCUCUUCCCCUCGCCCACACAGUGCAGACCUUGUCUUCAAAACCCUUUCAGCCGUGUCACAUUGGUGCUCUCAAAGCUCCAUUCACUCUGGGAGAAGAAAACAUGGAAGGAGGGUUGUGUUAAAUGGCUCAUAACCUUCUUUUCCUCUUUUCCCGGCAUACCAGCGCUGCCGCUCUGCCAGACUUGCAAUGGAUAUAGUUUCAAAUAGACUUGAGCCAAAACAUUCCUACAGAGCUCGUAUAUCUUCAACUAAAAACAAACAGAUUCUGAAAACAAGGCUGUAUUGAAAGCCAUUGACCGCUCAUCAUUCGUUCCUGUACAGUUUCUCAAAAACCAAUGUCAUCCACCAAUUUCCAUCUUUUUACCUCGACUAGAAACGAAAGUGGCAAGAUCAGGUUUGUUUGUUUUUUUUUUUGUUUUUUUUUUCAGAAAUACCCACAUGGUGUUUUGGUACUCUCCACUCCUUUGUGCUCCACUGCUCAGCUGUAUGUAUGGCAGAACUGUGGGGACUUUCAAUAAGGCUAUAUUUAGGUCGCCCUUGGUGGAUAGUGAUAGGAGGGCUGCAGAGGACAAGGUGGCUGGGACAGAAAGGACAUCACAAAGAGGGUUUACAAAAAUCCUGCUUUAGUGAAACACAUUUGAAUUCUCUGCACAAAAGCAGAAGAAAGAGAGAUGACGUCAGAUCCCCAACCUCUGAUGUCAGUCUGUGAUUAUGUCAUAUAGUCGUUCGUAAAAUCCUAACAUUUUCUUCCUCCAAACUCUUCAGUUUUAGAAAUAGGGCAGAAAAACUCUCUCUCUCCCUCCCUCCCCUUCUCUCUCUCUCUCUUACACAGUGCAUAUUAAUAACAGCCGGACUGCGCAUCACCUCAACCCACACAUACAGACACUGGAGAUAGAGGUGAUGCAAGAUAUGUAAGUGUUCUGGGGUUGGACAGGAUGGCUGACUCAUUCCCCUCGACCAGGCUGGAGGGUUUUGCACCAAGGUGACGGGGGGAGAACAGAGAAGCUAGAUUCGGCAGCCACCUCUGCAGUGGUCUGACGUUUCUGCUCUAUUGUCGGAGAUCCCACCAUGUUCUCUGCUACUGAAUGAUGUUCAGUCGGCCAGCGAGGGUAUGAAAGGAGAGGCGAGAGGGGACUAGGGGGGUCUCUGUCUCUUUAAGCUGGCUGUUUGUUACUGCAGAGUGUGUGGGUGCUGCAGUAGAGACAGAGAGAGGGAGAGAGAGAGAGGAUGAGGGUGCACUGAUAACAGAGAGAUGUUACAGGAGGAACAAGUAGUACAGCAGAGAUUCAGGGCGCUCAUGUCUGCACGCUGAGGUGUGAGGACGAGCCGUCAGAGGGGAAAAGUGUGAGGCAAGUGGAGAGGUGUGUGAGGAGUACAGGUGGAGGGGUGGCAGAGCGAGCAGAGAGGGGGCUGUUUAUUCGGAGCGUGGCACCGGUGGCAGAGUGGCUGCGCUGGGAUGGCAGAGGGGGGAAUUGGGGGGGCUGGCGUUGGGGCAGUCCUCAGAGGGACAGGGGCAGCCGGGGGCAGGAGAGGAGGUCCAGCGAGGGCUAUGUUCACAGGACGGUGCCCUCCGGAUGGUGCCACCAUGCCCCAUCCAUGGCACAGAUAACACCGCUCGUCCAGAGACCGGAAGAAGUGAAGGAGGAGGUCGGGGAGGUGGGAGUUGAAAGCGUGGGGAUGGGCAGGACAUUUCUCAGCCAGGUGCAGCUGCGUCUUGAGGAGGUCAGGGGGGAUUCAGAAGGGGAGGCCGGCAGUGCCUGCUUUGGACAGGUGUCACGGCGGCUGGGGCGGCUGCUGAAGAGGCUGCCCAAAUCCCGCUCCUGGAGUGACAGCUUAAGGAUCCUGAGACGAUCAUCCUCUAAUGGAUCUCUGCUCACCACCUCAGGUAUGGAGACGAGGAUUGAGAGUUCACAAGAGUGCACAGGCUGUGAAAUCUUUUAUCUGAGGCUUAGAAGUCGAACAAUCGGUUUCAUGGGGAUAGGGGUCAGUAUUUUGGAAAAAAAAAAGAAAAGGUGAUGAGUCGACAGGUUGAGCUGGUUUGGCCUCAAAGGCAGGCUGUGGGCCAAAAUAUUUGGGUAUUGUGUGCAUCAGUCUGUCUAUCUGUGAACUGUGAUGCCCUCAUGCCUGGUUACUCUUUGUCUAUAGCAACCCCCCCACCCCUCCACCCCCGCUAUCGGAUGAUCUGUCCAUUGCUUUGUGUUGUCGAUGUGUGUGUAAGGUUGUGUGUGAACAGUGAGGUUACAAGCUGCAGAUUUGUCAACAGCAGAAAAGUCUAGUAAAUAGGUCAGAUGAAAGCGGUUAGAAUCUCUGGACACACAAACCUGAACAGUUUCAUUCAGUUGAGAAAAUAUUAUUGGAAGCAGGAAUAAGAGGUAACACCGAGCCUGCAUGGUAUUGAUUUUUCCCUCAUUCCUCCAAACAGUGGAGAGGCUUAAUGCAGUUUUUCUUGAGGGUGUUAUGCACACAUAAUGAAACAGUAGCUCAAAGUGUGGCUGGGUUUAAGAAAAAAAACAGGAGGCAGAGAGCUAAAUGGCUGGAUGCUGCAGAACUAUUGAUCCAUUUGGAGCCUGACACUGACAGCUGGAAAGAGAAGAUGUCACUUCAGCUCUUUUGUUUGCAUAUCAAUAUGUGUGUGUGUGUGUGUGUGUAUGUGUGUGUGUCCCUCCUGUUUCAGCUUGAUAAGACACUGACUAAACAUGACUCAGGGAGAUGCUCAUCAUCCGUCACUAGUUCACCUGAGUGACGUCAUGCUGCAGCCUGAAAAGCUUCAGAAAAGCAGCAGCAGCAGCAGGAGUCUGUGCAGACAGAUAAAGUGUAUUUUUAGACGGUGCUCCCUGAAGGAAAACCCAGUUAAUCUUUGUUAGAAUGAACUUGAGUGAAUCUGAUUCCCCAGAACCUCUUCUGGUGCUUCUUUUAUCUAUUUAUAUCAUCCGUCUUAAUCGUAAUCCUCGAGGUUGCCGUCCUAAAAUUCCUCCAAAAGUCCUUCAGAUGCUAAGUAUACAACCGUGUGGUGGUUCAGUGUUUUAGAGGGGAACCUUUGGGCUUGAACUAGAUGUGUUUUGGGCCUCGUGGUACUUUUCUCAUUUUCAGAUGAAAGUCAGCUCACUCACUCAUUUCAAAGAGGAACUCCCAGCCUUGAAAACAGCAUCGUGUUUAGACAGUAUGAAAAGUACAGUGUGUUUUUGUGGUGCUGAGGGAUAUCUGAUGAAAAUGACCCUGUUUAUGUCAUUAAGGUCGUGUCUUAAGGGUGACUUCAAUAGGAAGACUGUUGGGGAAAUUCAUAGCAUUGAGUUUUAAAGAAAUCUGCAUUGUCAAGCGUGGUGGGUCACUGAAUCAUUGGAAAUACAAGAUCAAGUGUUUUCAGUGCUUGACUGAUACUAGAAACAAAAAAUCACUGUUGUGUAUUUGUGUAUUUGCCCGUAAUAAGUAUGCUUUAUGGAAGUAUUGGUAUAACCCUAAAAAAGCAUUAUGAAGAACUUUCAUGUUGUGUCUUUGCUACAGUGACCCAUUGGGGUUUCUUCAUAACGUGAAGACUGCAUUUCCCAUCAGCACCAUCAGCCAUGUUGCUCUCUUCAAAACAUGAGUACAGAAAGUGUUUUUGACACCACUUUGUUGAAAACAACUUUUUGCAGAGCAAUGAGGAAGCCAUGUUUUUCUUUCUUACCUAGCAGAGUCUCUCUGAAACAAGCUCCUUUUGUCAAUCCUCCUCAAGUCUUAUCAGAAAAAAAGAAAAAUAAAUUAAUCUUGUUGCCAAUAAUCUUAUUUAACAAUAAAUGUCACAAAGAGGGGUCAGUGUUAGUGAGGCACUACUUCAAAUAAGCUAAAAACCCCUGUUGACCCAAACCAAUUGAACUCCAUUCUAGUUUUAGACCCACUCUGAUGAAAGUCAUGUUUUUCUUGUUGUCUACAUGAUAAUAUGGCAUUUUUCCAAUACUAGAGGACAUAUCAUGAGAAAGAGAAGUGCAAAAUUGUAUUUCUGAGUAUUUCUUCAUUCAAAUCACUGUGAAUCUCUGGCAGACCCAAACGGCAGGUUCAGAUACAGUGAGAAGCCAUACGUAACCAAUCCAAACUCUGCCCCCGGAGCCCCGCUAUGCAGGCCAGGCUCGGACAAAUAGAGAGGACCAUCGCUGAACAAAUGUGCACGUUAGCGGAUUGAAAUAUUCGUAAGAAAGCUCUCAUCAUGCCCCUAAAGACAAUAGUGUCUGAGAGCUGAAUAGCUCGUAUGUUACUUGUUUCUUCUACUACACCGACGAUGUAAGGCUGCAAGCUAACUCUAGGAGAAGUGUGCAGAGCAGCGCUGUCUCCGCCCACAACUCAGAGGCGAAUUGCUAAUGAGCUACUGGAGCUCUGCAGAAAAAAAGUCCUUGAAAAUGACACAGGUAAUGUGAUUUUUGGUAAAAACUUCAUAAUCACAGUUUAAAGACCACUGAGAACACUUUAAGAAGUAAAAAAAAAGUGGGACAACAUUACUCAUCUCAUCAUCUCUUGUAUUCAAAAGUGAAAAUUUCUCCUUACAAUUUGUGUUCUUUAAUAAACUCAACAUCUAAUUCUGUGUGUCUCCUUUGGCACCUUCAAUCACAUCUUCUCGUCUUUCUCAGCUGAUGGAUUUUGCUUAGUUGUCACUCGUUGGUCUGCAGCUUUUAUUUCCAGCUUUGGAAACAGAAUAACCUAAAAAAAAAAAAAAGAAAACAGGACAGCUUGGUUGUCCUCUUGCUUGUUUAGUUAAUUUACGAAGCGUCUGCAGCUUGACAGAUGGAAGAACUGAGGGAGGGGAAGACGGGGAUGUUGUGGUGAUAGAGAUAAAACAAGAUUCAGUAUCAAGUUUGAAAUUAUGUUUGUGCACAAACACACACACAGAUGUCAAGGUGAGCAGGGAUGGAUUUGAUUUAUUUAGUGGAGGUUUGUUUAGUCUUGUCUGGUGUGUAUUCUCGGAAGUCGGCUUAUGAGGUGUUUGAAUCGCAAUAUGAGAGAGAAUAAAGUGUGAUGUUUUGAUUUUUAAUGGAGGAAUGUAAGGGAGUGUCUAAGUAGUAUAGUAAGCGUCUGCACAGUAGGAGAGGAUAGAUGACUGCUCUAAAUGAGCUAUGAUGGGAUCAGACCGUCUAAAGUCCCCCAACAGACCCCAAAGCUGCUCUUAAUUCCCUCAUAAAACCCACAGAGCUCCUUUUAGAUUCAUUAGCCACUGUGUUAAUAUCCUCGCCCCUAAUUUAUGGCCACUGUAACCUUAUUUACCUCCUUCAUCCUUAACCUUACAGGGGGGGUAAGUACAAUAUGUCCCUCCCUCUGUCUCUAUCUGGUCCCAUGCAGACAUCCUCCAUGACCUGAGAAACACUGCUAAUCUCUGGCUCACAGGAAAAACAAGUACCCACAUCCCACAUGAAUUGAGAAGUUACAGGAGACGAUGCAGAAAAAGGGACAAUUUUCUGGCUGCUUGGUCUUUCAUGGCAAAAAUGGAAGUGAGAGGUUUGACAUUUCAGAAGAAACAUGAGCAUGAAUCAUUUAGCAGUGUCCACCAGGGCUGUCUGAAUAUCCUCUUUUGAGAGCAGAUUUCUCGUCCAUUUAACACGCUGCAAUACGAACUCCUCCUUUCCCGUCUUCCCCUCUCUGUUAUCGACCCAAGUGCAGCAGUGGAAGUUAACUCAGGCACCACAUAUAGAUCCUCACUUCUAUGUCCCUCAUCGCUUCCCAUUUUGCUGCCGAUGUAGUUUCUCACUGUUACCUCUUCCUCCUUCUCUUUCUGUGUGCAUCAUCUUCCUCGUCUAACCCGUGUCUGGAGGCUGUGUCGGUUUAGAGGCAGUCAGACUGGGAUGAUGAAGUGAGAGACAAAGAGGCGGUCUGUGCACACCGUUUUUGCUGUGUAGGAGCAACUAACUCAGUGUAGCAUGGCAACACACAACACUGCAGCCCUUCUUCCUCUUGUUGUUGAGACAACACACAGACUGUAGACUACAUGGCUCUGCAGGAGGAACCGAUGCUGUUGCGUGUUUAUGGUUAAUCUCCAUUACAGUCAUUUCUUGGGAUUCCUCUGUCUCAGCAUGUGAUCUCUAUCAGUGGUCUUUAUUAUAUAGUAGGUUCAUUGAAACUGGAAAAUGUUUCUCCACAAAUAUACAAGUGUUACAGAGAUAUAUCUUUAAAUAAUAAAACAGUAAGGCCUUUGAUAAUAUAAUUGGCCUUAUUUUAAUAAUGGUAUUUUUACCAUCCCUUAAAGGGAUAUUCCGGUGUAAAAUUAAUCAAGGUCAAACACACCGUAACACAGAGUUAGAACCCUCUCAAGAAAAGAAUGUUGCCGACCGCUUGCUUCUCUAGUUAUACCAACUUUAGUAAUGACCGCACAAUAGCAAUACACAGUGGUCUAUGGCUCCAUGCGCACACCUCAACCAAAACUCCACUCUAUAGCCACAAAUAAUGCUCAGAACAGCACCUAACUUCAUCAACAGUACAUAUAGUGUCCCAACCAUCAAACAUCUUUUUAGCUUUGCCUAAUUUCUUUAGCAAAGAGACAAAACAUAACUCACCUACUCUCCUUCAGCAGCGGCUUGUUUGUGGGGGAGACCUCAGGCCAGUCCAUGACUAACUGCAGCGGGGUGACACAGCUCAAGGAAGAACAUUUAUGAUCAUUUCCUCAUGGAAAUGCAAUCAGACCAAGACGCUAAGGCAGAAGAACUACUGCGUCUGAGGUGCAAAAUGAUUAAUAUGGUGAUUAUUACUUCAAGGAAAUGAUGAAGAAAUGAUCAUAAAUGUUCUUCCUUGAGCUGUGUCACCCCGCUGCCCUCGGUGAUGGACUCGUCGGAGGUCUCCCCACAAACAAGCGGCUGCUGGAGGAGAGUGGGUGAGUUGUGUUUAGUCUCUUUGCUUAAGAAAUCAGGCAAAGCUAAAAAGAUGUUUGGUGGCUAGUGCUGUGGCUUAGACGCUAUAUGUACUGUUGAUAAAGUUAGGUGCUGUACUGAGCAUUAUUGGUGGCUAUAGAGUGGCGUUUUGGUUAAGGUUUGCACAUGGAGCCAUAGACCACUGUGUAUUGCUAUCACACGGUCGUUACUAAAGUUGGUAUAUCUAGAGAAGCAAGCGCUCAGCAACGUUCAUCUCUCAAGCGGGUGUGUCUAACUCGGUGUUACAGUGUGUUUGACCCUAAAUUAAUUUUAUGCCGGAAUAUCCCUUUAAUACAGAAAGAACACUUGUGUUCAGUAAGAUAAGACGCUCUCUUAGUGUUGAAAGCUGCAUUGGCUCCUCUAAAGAAGUCUUGUAUCAUUUUUUGAGCAGAGAACAAAAAGGCUUUUCUUCCCUUCAUCGUUGCUGACUUUAAAAAUGAAAGCUUGAUUUGGGAGUAAAGGUGGUUCCCUGUCUCAGCUAGAUCUGAAAUUCAACAGAAAAAAAAGUAUAUGAGUGAAUAAGUCUGAGCUUGCAGAGACUCUACUGAUAGGGGCUCUUCUGAAAGCUGUUGUGAAAUUCCCGUAAGUGGACCUGUUUCUCCUAAAAUUCCCACAGUGGGGGGGAUUAACCUCCCUGCCUUAACAUUAAAGCAACUUCCUCAUUUAUGAAGCUAUGCAAUGUUGUACUUUCCUCACAACAGCGAAAGGGAAACCCCUACAAGUCUAAACAAGAAGAGGUUGUAUCUCUGGCAUUUCAUCGACAUGUAAAUAAGAGCCACAUAUGAAAAAUGCUUCUUUCUGCUGACGCCCCCCUUCACUUUGCUUUCUCUUUCGUUCCCCUCCCUCACAAAGUCUCUGUGAUUGUGCCGGUGUCAGCACGCCUGCAUAACCUUCACAGCCCUUGUGGGUCACUGCAUGACUGCUGCAGUUUCUCCGUCUGCUUAUUACAGCUUAUAUACGCAUGGUGCAGUAUCACAGAGAGGUGCACUGACGUCAGGGUUAGCAGACAUACAUGUAAGGUACACACACAUCUAGCAUUCACUGGAAACAAAGCUUACACUUCAAGCACAAUCUGGUACCUUUACUGUAAACACCAAAACGAAGUUAAAGGAUUAGGUUAAAUUUAAAUCCAAAUCCUCGGGUUUGUUUAAGGAGAAGAGCAUGGAGUCAAGUUUAAAACUGUUACCAUAAGAGAUUCAUGCUGUACUUAUUUCUACCUGAUCAAAAUGCUGAAAUCCCUCCCUCCAUAUGUUUGUGUUUAGUAGGUGUGUCAAGGUGAAAGACAGCGUGUCUUAUCAGUGUGGGAAUAAUUUGGAUCCCUUACUUGCUGACAGGGUUGUCAGUUGUAGGUGUUGUCCAGGAAAACAUUUUAAUCUCUGUGCUCCUCCCUGUUUUUUUCUCUAGCAGACUGUCUAACAGUAUUUCCUGUCUUUAAGAUUACCUAUGAGGGAAGAGACCAAGGGUUCUGGAAAGGACCACCACCCAGUGUUCAAGUUUUUGUCCAAAGAUUGAAAGUAGAUGAGGUUGAAGUGAUAUAUAAAGACAUUUUUUUUGAUCAAGGUCUUUUUAUUUAGUUUUAAGGAUUUUAGUUUAAAAUUCAAUGGAAGCCUCCAUUAUUCUUUCCCGCAUUUAAAGAUGGGGGUCCGGACUAAACACAAAAAAGCGCAGUGAAUGGAGACGGUGCAAGCCUUUUUGCAAAGAUCUUAGAAAAGGUCUCAAAGAUGGGUUGCCAGAAAGUGCAAAGCUUUUGACAUGUCCAGAGCAUAUGAAAGAGAGUGUCUGGAUCUCGCCCGCAUCUUGAUUACAAAUGGGGUCUAUAUCAGCAUUGAUCUCAGAGAGUCUAACUUUAGACCAGUGCAGAUGGUGUACAAUUUCAAACUGAAUGACAGCAUGUCUGAGACAAAAUGGAAGAUUAAAAAAAUAUCCCAGAAUUAUUUUGUGCCAAGUGUUGUCUGUGAUUUGUUCAUUUAAAUCUGUCUCACAUUUAUUUUUGAGGCGGUGCAAAGGCAAUGUUCAGCAGUAUAUCAUUACUAUUAGAAGAAGGGCCCAUUUUCUUUGUAUCCUGAUAUGUUAAAGUGUUAUGAUCAAGAAAUGUGUAUGUAAAAGUAUUUGUUCAUCAAUGUCCUGACAGCAUCCUUAGAUUUGAUUCAUAUUUGAUCAAGAGUUAUGUCCAUAUGCAUAAUCAAGGAUAGAACUGAUUUGACUUACAGGUGGGCACCAUUACAGCAGUGAAGGGGCUCGAGGCCUGCCUCAGCUCCACUGCUUUGUCCAUGUCUGGGUUAUCAUCAACUUAGGUGUAGUCAGCAUUAAAAUUCCUCCAAAAGCACAAUGUCUUAUCAAUAAAUGGAGGUGGGUAGAGUCGGUAAUCAGUGACAGGGUGGAUCAUGUAAGUGACUCAGAGCUGAAAAGGAAAUGAGUUUCUCUCUUCCUUUCCUCUCUGAGCUUCCUUUCUGUCUCUCUUUCUGCAGUGACCUCCAAACUGUGAUCAGCACAGCAUCCCUUAUCUGAACUCUACUCUUUCCUCAACAACACAUCCCUCCUGUCAGCGAGGCACUGCAGCCCUGCCCUCUUGCUCCCUCUCUCUGCCAACCUGUCUCUAACACACAAAGAUAGUGACGUCCAUCCCUCCUUUAUCAGAACUUUCCUAUUCGCUACACAUGACCCCUUGUCAGAAAACUCUGUCCUCAUGUCUGUCCCUGUUGUCCGUGCUUCAAAUGGUGUUAGUCUUUCAUUCCUAAACACAUCAUUCUGUAAAUACCUGCAACAAUUAAAUCCUUUUUUUGUCGAGUUUACGGCAAAUUGAUCAUUUUAAAACCCCUUCUGUUUGUGACCUAGUGUAAAUAAAGCUCCUUCUCUCUGUAGUGGUCAUCAAGAAGCUUGUUGCCAUGGUUACAGUGCUGAUGCUAAAUACUGCAGGCGCAGCGGUGUCUUUUUCUGAACAGGAUGCAGACUAACAUAAGUAGACAUGAAAACCAACCAGGCUCAUCUCAGUUCACCAGUAUUGUCUUCUUACGGGCCUUUGAUGAAAACCUUUUAUAUUCAGUUUAGACUGUAGACACUGUAGAAGCUUUCCUUCUUAAGAACCACAAAAAGGAUCUGACUCAGAAUUUUCCUCAAAAUGUAGACCUCUUUUUUUUUCCUGUGUGGUUUUUUAAAAUCUCAUUUUUCUUCAGCAUGGAUUAUCAUAUGAACAGAGGAGAAGUAAGAUGUGAAGCUGUGUGCCUCAGGGGGGAAAGCCUCCAGCCACAAAAAAGUCUGCGCUGCAUAAACAAGCUGAGCCUGGCGCAUGUGAAACCGCACAAAAAUUAAAGAACAGUGGACUAUUUUGGGAAGUUUUUGGGGGAAGUACCAUAAUCUAUUCUCUACUGAGAAGUCAGAUGUGACUUGACCAGACCACAGUUUCGGCCUUAGAGCAGUUUAUUGGCUUUGGAGUGUUUCCACCAUUGUGACAUUACAGCAUGUCUGUUUUACAUUAUGUAUCUGUGUCUAUCAUAACUCGGCACUGUAGCUAUCAAAAAUAUCCAACAAAUGUUUAUAUGACUGAACCCAUCUUAAGAUUUCUUCAUGAGUUGAACAGUGGUGCUUCUAAACAGUGUGAGUUGGUGGAGGAUGAGCUUAUUUGACCUGUGAUAACAUCAAAUGGAAAGAUGCAUUUUCUGUGAUUAGGUUAAGGAUUUUUUUUAUCAAUGGAUUCUCACUGUAUUUGGUCUCUGUGUGUCUGACUUCAGCCACUAGGUGGAGCUAAUAUUCUGUGUAAAGGGUUUGUAUGAGUACAUGUUUGCACAAAUCUAAAUUUCAAGCUCACAAAUGUGACCUAUCAGAUAAGAAAAAUGAGAGAAGUCACAUUGAAAUUUUAUUGACAUUAUCUCUCUUCUUUUGUUUCCUGGUUUUAUGUAAAAGUUCAGUUCCCUGAUUAUCUUCUUUUUUUUUUUUUGUCCAUCAGACUGCAGCUACACCUGUCACCUCGAGUGUGAGCGCCAGGUCCAGCUGGACUGCAACCAAAAGGACAGAGGGUCCAAAGGAACUUCAACUCCCAGAAGUCACUGCAACUCCAAAGCCACCCAGCAUAAGGUGAGCACCCCAAAAUAGGAAACAGGAAAGGAAACAAGCUGACUGAAAAUCUGAGUUAAAAAAAAAAAAAAAAGCAAUGGAGGAAUUUUUAGAUCUAGUGCUGAAGAGUGAACACGCUCAUCUCCGGUCGAGCAUUUAGAGCUCAAAUGUGAGUGGUCUCACAAAGGUGUACGUGAGUCAUUAAAGGCAGAGCUCACUCUGCAGCAUCUCUCCCAUCAUGAACUUUUACAUAACUCUCCUCCUCUUUCACAACACUCUGUCCCCUUUUAUCCUCUGCGGUGAGCUCAUGAAUUUAUUUAUGCGCUCAUUUGCAUUUUAUGAUUGCAGAAUGUUUUCAGCACAGAGCAUGCUACGUCACGUAAGCGUGUGAUGUGCCUCCCUCUCUGUGCUGCGAAAGCUCUCAGGGCCUCCCUCAUCUUCCUCUUCUCGGUGUCCUCACUUCCUCAGAUGCUCUUAAAUGCCACAAAAAAAUUAGGUUAAGCUCUGUUCUCCACAGGGUCUCAAAUCUCUCUUUCUCAAAUCUCAUGUAUGCUAUUGGAGUAUAUGUAGUUAUUCAACAUCUUAUACAUUUGAGCCCAAAAUCUAUCACGGCCACAUUUAUACUCUAACACUGUAAAGCCAUUGGCUAUCCGCUGAUACAGUUAUUAUGUAAAAUCUCUCCUCGAAAUAGUGCUGCACCCACUCUUUGUGUCAUCAUGUGUGUGAUACAGGAAACGAAGAGAGUGUGAGCCUGCAUGCAGCUCUUGGCAUCCCAAGCUGAGUCACCCACGCAAUGCGGUCCACACACACACACAUGUGAGAAAGCUGGAUAACCCCUGCAGCAGAAUGUUGGCUGCUUCUCCACUCCCAGGGGGCGGGGGGGAAGAUAACACACAAAAUUAGACCUCUGGUAGUGUGCCAGGUGGUGCUAGAGAGCGCAAAAAAUACACACAAUCAUGACAUCCUCAGGAAUCACAAGAAUUGAAGCAAGCGAACAGGCAUGCAGUAUAAAUGAACAUCUAACCAAAUGUCCAGCAGCAGCAGCAGUAAUCACAUGCUUUCAUGUAAUCUGUUCACUUAGUCAGAUUACAUACCAUUAUGUCUCUGUGGGUUUAAUGACUGUUUGGUUGGAGAUAAUGAGCGGAAAGUUCAAAUUAAGUGAGCGUUGAUGGUGUUUUUCUUAGAGGUAUGUGAACGCUGUGACUAACCCUCUUGUUGGCUUCAUAGAGAGCGCUGGUAUUACAACAAGACGAGAUAUGACAGUUGAUUUCCUGCAGCCCUUUUCUCCCUCUGUGAUGGGUUUUAUAGAGCUGCAGCUGUGUGUCACUGUGUUGUCCUCCCCUCUGUCUUUACUGCGUCUUGUUGUGUGUGCAUCAGCAGAAAUUGAUCCCCUUUUUCCCCAAUAAGGCCAUACAUGCAGUACAAUGACCAGGCUUUAUCGACUAAGCAGGAGCGUCGUUUAAGAUUGAGGUGUGUGUGUGUGUGUGUGUGUGUGCAGCAUCCUCUAGCUAUAGUUGUUAUGCUGAUGGAAAUGUAGAGCAGAGCUGCAGGUAAUCAGUCUUCACCUCACUAAAACCUGACAGGAAAGACUCCUGACGAAAGAGUGACAUGUAGUCUGCCACAGCCCCCAUGCAGCAUAUAGUUUUACCUAUAAUCACGUCUGAGUGGCUUUAAAAAAUCAUAUUACACAGAGAGAGAAACAGCAGGUGCAGACAGAUGCAUAUAGGUGCCAUCAAUCACAGCAGGGGCAGGAGCAUUAGCUGUUUUUUGAUUCAGGGGUCACUGCCAGAGACAGAGGGCAGAUUUUCGGGUCAGAGCUAGGUUGGAGGUCACUGUAAUCUCAAUGCUGAGGGCGAUCAGUCAUUGUUUUCCUAAUCUAACCUUAAGCUCUGCAGAACCAACCCCUCCAAGCAAACUAGUCGUGGUAGCGUAGAUCUCAACAACAUUACCUAUGAGUCAUUCAUUCAUUCGUUCAUUUAGGUGCUUUAAAUAGAAGCAAAAAUGGAAAACAGAACUAAAAAGUCAUUAAAAAAAACACUUAAAAUGGUUCUUUUGAGGAACAUUUGAAGAAAAGCAGGCCUAGAUGUUACAUGAAAGAAGAACUCAGAUAAUCAAAAAGAAAGAGCUCUUAAGGUAUUGUGCGUUUAAUCCUGGCGUGUUUUAGUUUAGGACUGGUGUGGAAACAUUACCCCUGAUUGUGGCACUUUCCGAUACGUAAAAGCCGACAUGUUUGCAGAGAUUGUGAAUGGUUUCAUGCACUGUUGAGGCAGGUUCUCACCAGAAGAGCAGCCAUUUUCCCUUGCGUCUUUGCCGCUUCCUGUUACUGCGUCUCUCGUGUAUGUAAAGCAGGAGCUGUGAGACUUCAUAUCUUUCACUCAUCGGCGUCUCUCUCUCUCUUUUUUCGUCACUCUGUGUUAGAGGAAGUGGCCAUGCACUACAGGGUGCAGUCGCUUGCAGGAAGAUACACAGAGAGAGAGAGAGAGCAGUGGAGAGAGAGUGGAGAGAGAAGGGGGAGGGUGCUCUCUGGCUGAUAACCACAGAUGGUUAAGCAAAGCUGCAUGAGAGAGUGAGGGAGCAAAGACAGACAGGGAGAGUGUAAGAAAACCAAGGGAGAGAGAGGCUGAGUGGUAGGCAUCCAUCCCUCUUCUUGUAAUAUCGCCAAAGCAACAGAGGAAGAGUGGGAGAGAGGAGGGGAAGCUGGGUCUGAGAGCGUCUUGUUGCUGCUGCAGGAGAUUUUCUGCUGCUGUUUACUCUGGACUCAAGGGACGGAUGGAUGCUCAAGCACUUAAACGCCGGCAUAACUGAGCUGUUUGGACAUGAAUUGAACUAUUCUUUGUUUUUUUUGUUCCAGUUUUUUGUUUUUGCAGCAGCAGCAGAAGCAGUAUACUGUGUGCAUAGUGAAAGCAGGAUGUGGUGUUGCAUGCAUGCCUGCAUGAGUGUCUGUAUGUGGCUUUAACAGGGGCUCUCAGGUGAGCAGGGCUAACCUGAAACCAGCCUGUAAACUGACUCCAUGACUCCAGAGUGUGCUCAUGUGUUUGUUGAGGGUCAAAUGUGCAUGUGUGUAUGUUAAGCCUCAAAAGACCAGGUGCAUGUACACUAUGGUGUGUUUGUGACACCAGCGACAGAGUAAUAACACACACAUACACACACACACAUACACACACACACACACGUCAGGAGGAAGUGACAAGUCUGUGCUCGCUCUCCGAUUUCCUGGUCUCCUCUCCGGUGGCAGGCGAAGAGACAGAAUCUGAGCAGAGUUCACCUGUCUCACCACCACCACCACAGGUGGGACUUCAACUCUCUGGAUGCAUCAGCAGAGGAGUGCUGACUUUUUCUGGAUGAGUAAAGGACAGUCAGGCGACAGGUUUGGACUCUGAUUAGGGCUGAGCGGCACAUCAGCCGGACAAUUUUUCGAAAUACACGCUCACUUCCUUGACUUGUCAACGUGCUCCUCUGGUGCCGGCGACCAACCCUGGACUUCUCCAUGACUGUCAACACGGUGCUGACCCCCUCCAUGACCAGCAGUAACAGCAUGAGCAGCGGGUACUGCAGCCAGGAUGAUGAGAGCGAUGACUUCACUUUCUUCACAGCCAAGACCUCGUUCUUCCGCAAGUCAAAACACACAGCAAAGGUACAAAAUUUAGGAUAUUACUCACAACUAUCGAUCAAUUCGUUAAAGUAAGAAAAAUCUGAUGAGUUAAAUAUCGGUGGGAAAGAACUUCCAUUUAUCUGACAUACAUGCAACCUGAAAGCAGAAGUAUGGAGAGGAAGUGGUGAAUUUGCACUCUUAGUUCAGGCCUUGAGGUGUGUGUGCUUGUGUGUAGGAAGGGGUUUCUGUCGUAUGUUGUGUAACAUUGAUCUCCUGGCUGUUAGCCUUGUUCAUCAGCCUUGAUGCCUUUUGGCAGCUCAUUUAUCAUGAGAGCAGCACUCAUGGAUCCAGCAUCUCAGUCUGGAAACACUGCUCAGGAGACGAGGACUUAAUAAAACGUGGUCCAGUCUCUCUGACAUACUGUGUUUGCUGAGUUUUAGCAUCGCACUAAUGGUGCUAACUUACAGAUUCCACAGAGGCUUCAUCCCUAUUGCGCGUGGGAGAGGUUUCCGUAGAAACGCAUCUGAUACUUUUGCACCCGAGCUAGUUAGUGUGCGAAUGUGUGUGUGCAGAGAAACUGCUUAACUGUACCACACCACUUUUCCAGUUACCAUAGCAACUCAUGGUUUUGCUGGCACACUUUCUGAGGAUUUGGUUUUGCUCUACUGUACAUUCAAUUACCUCACACAUAAUCCCGUCACAUACCACAACUACAGUAUAUACAGCUAUACAUGCACUGCAGGAGUGCGAGGUGCUGCAUGUUUGUUAUCAGUGCUUCUUCCAUGGUGCACUGCAUGUAAUUAAAUGUAUUUCUGCAGGAAAGAAAAGGUAUGAAAGUGGAAUAAAUAGUAGAGGGGGCAGUUUGCUUUCUAGAUCAUUUGCAUUCAUGUAAAACAGAUUCAGCCCUCAACCUGCUGUCUUUGUCCUGGCAGUGCCUUUGGUGUCUGACUUGGAGAAGGUUUAAUCUUUGAAUAAUUGACCAACUGUGUUGCUAGUGUGUGUGUGUGUUGGGUUAAGAUUGUUACUGCGCUGUGACAGAGGGGUAUUAGGGUUAGCUAGUCUGGGCUGCAGAAGCUGCCAGCUGAUAUAGCCUGAUGUCUCUGGCAAGACAUGGCCGGAGCAAAAGGGUCGGACGUGAAACGAUUUGACAGAAAAGUGUUUGACGUAAAAUGAUCUGACAGAACACAACAACAGCACAGUCCAACAAACAGAGGACGGAGAGGGUGUCCUGGUAGAGCAAGGAGCCCUGCAGAGAAAGAGUCUUAUUCUCCUGUGUUUGAAUAUGAAAAUGAGAUAUGCAAAGGCCUAUGUGAGUCACUUGGACAAAGAAAUGAUAAUAUAUUGAGUUUAUUCAGGAAUUAAGGAAAGCCGUUGUUUUGAUUUUGCUUCCAGUUAUGUAUUUUUAAUGCACAGAGACAGGAAGAUCGACACUUCUAUCAUUAAAACAGUGGAGGAGGAGUUGAGCUACUCUUUUCUUUAUGAAUUAUUUCCAGAGCUGAGCCUUUUGCUCCAGAUUAGCCAGCCAGCUUUAAUGUGUUGUGUUGUGUAGUGUGUGUACGUGUGUGCAUGUGGUUAUCUCUGAGCUGAGCAAAGCAGGGGGUAUAUUCAGUUCAUACUGUUCUGCUUUUUGAUGCAGGGAAAAUGAAUGAGCAUCCCAGUUGGAGAUCUCAAUCCUCCUAAAAAGAAAACACUCCUCACAUUCAUACAUGUACUCUAUAAAGCUCUAAUUUCUCUCAAACACAGAGUAGAUCAGGCGCAUUAUUCAAAAGCAGAUUAUCUAGCGUUCAUCUAUUAUUCUGAAUUUAAUACACAAAGGGUCAGAGCAUGUAUACUGUUUUGUAUAUAUUUGUAUUUGUUGUGUGUGUGUAUGUUUGACUGUGAUAGCACACAGUGAUCUCUGAGCUGUGAAAUAGAGUCAGUGUCUCAUCAAUCCUGCUUCGUCUCGCCACCUAAGGCUUUUCCCUAACAUGUGCUGUUAAGAGUGUUGGUUCAUUUUUGCUGGAUGUUUGUGUGUGGAGGGUAGAACAUUUAUGUUUGUAACUAAAGCUCCUCGCAUGUCUGCCUCUGAAAUAUUCCUUAAGUUUAGCCCCGACUGCAGUGACCUGUUGUAACUGAUCCUAGAGUUUUGUGUUACCUGAAGAUCAGGAUAUCAAGCACACACGCACACACACAUACCCGCACACACUUUUAGGUUAAACCCACAAAGUCAAGAGUAAGUUUGAGUCACUUUAUCGGUGGUCAGGUCAUGCCCACAGACAGGCUGGGUUUAACGCGUGGUACUUUGCCGCAGCUGAUGACCUCUCUUGUCUGAUCCCAUCAGGGCGAGAGCAUCAACACUUAUUCAUGUCAGCCUGAGGUGUGUAUGCAUGUGUGUGACCCUUAUAUAACAGGCCUAGAUAUCUUACACACUUAAGCUGCUUUGCGUCUACCUGACUCACACCAACAAACUGGAUUACAAGGUCUGGAGCUGCCACCUGUGAUGUUGUUUUUGUUAUGACAGGAGAAGUCUAAUCUCUAGGUGCACGUUUUUCAAAUGGGCCGGUGUUUUCCGGUAAAUUGGACUUUAGUAGCAGACGUCAAGUUUGAUCACAGAGUUGUCAGACACAUUAGCCAUGUUUACAUGAGCAAAAUUUCUUGAUCCGAUUAAAAAUUUGAGGGAUUGGAUAAUCUGAAUCCACUGUUUAUAUAGGUUCAAAAUUAAGUAAUCCGAUCAUGACGUGCGUAUGCAUACACCAUCAGAUUAGAAGCAUUUGGACAUGCGCAGAAGAAGAGUUGUAUUUACGCCUGUGCUGUCGACAAACCAACAAACGCGGUAGUAGCUCACUCCAUCCAAUUUAGGAGUUUUCCUCCUGUUAAAUGUUGUCACUAGAUGGCGCCCUUGCCUACUUACUUUACUGUUCUGUUAAAGGUUGCACUGUGCGUGCAGAUGUGACAUCGUUACGCUGUAUGUGCGCCUUGUUACGUUACCGGAGGAGCAGACUCGGCAUCUGCAGUCGUGUUUUAUGCCAGUGUUAAUAAUGAAACCUGCUGUACCGGCCUCAAUAAAUAAGCUAAAGGCUAAAGGCUAACAGUGAAUAUCGAGUCAGGUAAGAGAGAGAAUAAGUGUUUACAUGGACGUAUAUCGGAAUAACGAUCGGCAUAAACCAUUCCUUAUUGAUCGGAAUACAAUUUAUUUCUGAUUGAGCCGAAUUGGAUCAGAAUCUUCCGAUCGGGCAUUUAAUCCGAUUAUUUUUUGCCCAUGUAAACGCAGCCAGUGUUAGCUCAAGGUCUUGAUAGCAUAGUAUUUGUUGGAUUAAAAUUAAGUCAAACAAGAAGCUAAGAAGAGGGUUAAAGCAGCAAAACUGAUAUUUUGGCUAGCACAGGCACUGAUAGACCCCAAAAGAGGCUUCAAAUCCGGUCUUUUCCUGGUGAUUGUCAUAAUAUGCUACUUUGCUAUUAAUAUAAAGUAUAUUAAAAACACCACCAAUAUAACAUCAACCCCGUCUUCUUUAGGUUCUCUUUAAUGAAGCUUUGUGGCAUUUCUGGUUUUAGAUUGUGGUUGUCUAAAGUAAACAUGUCACAGCUGGCGGUGACUCAGCUGGGUUCAAGUGGUUCUGUGCAAACUAACUAAUGAAAACUAAGUACUGUUACAAAGUCAAAGGAAAUACAAUAUCCAUAUGAAAGGCCUGUUUUAAUCCCAAAAAUAGAAACGUUGAAGAAGUUAAAAAUAAAGAGAUCACCAGGUUUGUGUAAGUUGACACUGAGCUACCAAGCAUGAGUCAAGUGUUUAAGUGCAGUUAAUCAGACUGAUGUCAGCAGUUAUUAACUGUUUGUUGUGCACUUUGUUAAAAUGUACACACUAUAUUCACUCUGAUAUAUUUCUUCUGUGCUAUAAUACUUUUCUUGUGAGCACUAUAUUUGACAGAUUCAGCACUUUGAAGCAUUAUUUAACCUCUACAUAAUGGUUCUAGAUCACUCUGGUGCAGCAGUACAGCAUAUAUACGUGAUAACUCCAAAAGUGAUGAUAACAGAGUAAAUUUCAUUGCAUACAUCUGAUUCCCAAAUCAAGAUACAGGCAAUACUUGCUUUAAAUUGUUAUUAUAGACUUAAACAUAGUAUGGAAAUGCAGAUUAAUAGAAUUUUAAACAUGUGAUUUAGAAAUGUGAUUGAUAUUAACUGAAUAUUAAAUGUCAGUGAUUUUAAAAUUAAGUCUUUGGCAGCCCUUGGUAUUUUGACAAGUGGCAACAGGGAUUCAAAAUAGAGGAUAAGUGUUUGGAGUAAAUUAUUAUCAUAUAGAUUUUUUUAUAGAUUUUAAUUGGCUUCUGCCUCUAAUUGUUCAUAAACUUUCCUGAACUAAGAGUAUGAUAUUAAAGCAGUUUAGGUUAAAAAAUCUGAAAUGGAAGUCUGUAAAUCCUGUCCAUUGUUUUUUUUUUCAUUCUUUAUAAAUGUAAAUUCACUGCACUUUCCAGAGAGAUCUAACAAUAAUCCACCAUGAGUUAGCACUUUUUUCAGCUGUGGGAAGGCAGAGACACCGGACAGAACCAGACUUAAUAGUGAACAGCUGUCUACCUUGACUGAUGAAACACCUGGAGUAGCUCUAAACAUGACCAGGCUACACAACAAGUUUGCAUCCUCUGCGGUAAAAACUCGUGAUCACUCUUACUGCUUUGCAAAUGCAAAUACAUGAUUUUUUUUAUUUUAACCUUUUUAAAAUGGGAAAAUUUGUAAAGGAGGUUUUUUCUGGAACACACUGUGGACUUUUCAAGGUUCAUUCUCUGUGUCGGGUCUUAUCGGUCAUUAGCUCCCCUUAUGACCAAGACAUGGAGCAGUGUGGGUCCCAGGACUGUGAAACUCUCAAGGGCGGAAAUCACUCUAUUGUCCCCUGACCACUCUCACUGGUAUGCAGAAAGGGCGGGAAGGGCAUUGCUUCUGAUACAUUUAGAAACUCACAUACAAAUGCAGGAAUUCCUGCAUUCAUGUUCUUUCUUUGUUGCACUUGACUGGGAGGAAUUUCAGAUACAAGUCAACCUCCACAUGUUCCUCAUAUUCUGCUCAUAACUCUGGGUUUUUACAACACAAACUGUUUAUCGAUUACAGUUUAGUACAUUUAAAGAUCUACAUUUAGUUCUUAUAGAAAUGUGUUUGUAAAACUGCAGAAACAGCACUGUACACCCUGUAAAUUUAAACAUGACUGUGUCCUGAUUAAAUGGGCUUUGAAUUAUUGAAUUUACAACAUGCAGUGACCGUGGAAGCUUAAGCUGCAUUCACUGCUGUUUCACGGCAGACUGGACAUGGACUAGUGUAAUAGGACCAUGAUUCCACCCAGAAGUGUCUUAUGAGAAGUAGAAGAUAUGAAGGCAGCGAUAAGGAGGAUGAGCUUUAUGGAAACUAAAAUGAAAAAGCACCCAUGUAUUUGCUGUUGCUUUUCACACACAUACAGACACAAAACACACACACACACAGUUCUUUUUGCAACCUCUUAACACCACCUUAAAAUGUUUGUGUGAAAUGUUAUAGUUUUCAGUGUAACCACCUCUUUUACCGCUGAAUGUCAGCCAGCAUGAGCAAAGCUACACCAGCUGUGUGUGUUGUUCAUCACCGUAUACAUGUGUGCACUCAGAGACACACAUGCACUCACACACUGCAUCUGUGCUGAAUGAAAACAGUGACUUCAUCACACACAACCUGAGGAGUCCCCUACAGAAAUGAUGCCUGCCCUGCAUUCACUCCCUCUCUCUUUCUCUCCUCCUCUCUCUCUCGCUGUCCCAGAAAAUGCAAACGAACAAGAGAAGGAGGAGAAAAAAAAGCUAUUGUGAGAUAGAGAGGAUGCAUCCCACUGUACUAUAAAUAACCCAGUCAAACUCUGUGUUGCUAAGGCUGGCUCAGCAGCCACUCUUUCAUCACUCUUUACCCCUUCUUCGUGUCUUUCCCUGCUUCUUCCUCCUCCUUUCAGGGUUUCUUCUCUCCUUUUCUCUCUAUCUCUCCCUUUUCUGUCAUUCCUCCUUAUCACAGAAAAAGGAAAUGAGUUAGAGUGAGAAGGAGGCAGCACCGUCAAUGUCUUCAUGCUUUGAUAUUGAAUGUGUGAUUUGCUCCAUUCACAACAUUUCCUGUCUCUGUGUCAAGCUGCAGAGUAGUUAAACCACGCUGAGGAGAAAGAGAGAAGAAUCCCUCUCAGCAUGCAAUCAAUAAAGCAGCUUCUCCUCCUUUAGGUUGAGAAUGAUGGAGGAUGUCAAGUGGUAGACAACAUCCUUAAAGCUGCAGGUUGUGAUUUUUUAAAUAGAAUGUAAAUAUGCCUUUAAAUCAGUCGGCCCAUUUUUUAAAAGAGAAGUAUGUUUCUCUUGAUGUCUAUUCAUAAAACUGAGGAGAGCAAAAAGAGCGUUUGGGUUUUACAGGACUUAAGUUGGGAGUAGCCCCCUCUGCUGGUUCAAAAGAAACAAUAAUACAACUCGCACUCUUCCUUUUUGACACUCUGUUCCUUUCAUUCAUUCAUUUUCGCACUCUUCCUUUUUGACACUCGGUUUCUUUCAUUCAUUUAAUUGACUCUCUUUUCUCUCCCGACUUUACAGCAGAAUGAAGCAAAGGAGGAGGAAGAGGGAGGCACCAAGGACCUUUCAGAGGAAGAGGCGCGGACAAGGAUAGAAGAGUACAAUGCUCAAGUGUCUGAAAACGGCAUGAAACUGGUGAGUCCUCGGUGCUUGUAAAAAAAAAAGUAAACUGUUUAAUAUAAAAUGUUAAACCAAAAGUUACUUUCAGAACUCCCUCACUUUCAUUUAUGAACAGGAACAGAAAUCAGUCUGGGAUUUAUUGCAGAAAGGGAUUAUACAAAAAGGAACAGAAACUCAUGUAAUGACAAAGCAAACUUAAAAGUGAUGUAAAAUAAAAACACUUUUUAAUAUUUUUCAUGUAAAAAGAAAAUUUGACAUUUAGGAAAGUUUGUUUAUUCGUCGAGCACCAGAUGAGACGAUUUAGAUUAUCGUCACUUUUAUGUUAUCAAAAUAAAACUUAAGAUAACAGUUAAGCAUGAUGACUAAAACAGGCUAAACAACUACUCCGUGUGUGUAAUCUGCAGGCCUCAGAUGGAUCUUACACAGGCUUCAUUAAAGUCCACCUGAGGCUCAGUCGGCCGGUCACAGUCCCUGAUGUGGGGACUGGAGGCUCAGAUGGACUGUCAAGGGAGGUGGGAAACUGCAACCAGGUACUGUCUGAGUGCCAGGAAGGAACAGACUGCGGACAGAGUGAAAAGAGGACAUCCUUUUACUUACCAUGCGACUGCGUGAAGCAGCUCCACAUCAGCUCUCUGACCACCACCAGGGAGGUGAUCCAAGGACUGCUGAAAAAGUUCAUGGUGCUGGACAAUCCUCGAAAGUUUGCAUUGUACAGGCAGAUGCAUCGGGACGGACAAGGUACAGGGGAAAAAAAACAAAAACUUAAGUAGCAACUUGUUUGUUGUUUUGCAUAAUAGGAAAUUAUAUAACGUUCUCAUUUUCUGUUCCCUCCCUUAGAUCUUUUCCAGAAGCUUCCCCUAUGUGAGCGCCCUCUUCUUCUGAGGUUGCUAGCAGGGCCUGAUCCAGAACAGCUCAGCUUUGUCCUGAAGGAAAAUGAAACUGGAGAAGUGGAGGUGAGAAAACACACUGACUCUUCUUAAAAUUUUAUACCAUCUGCUUUUUUUCUGAUGGAUAUUUACAAAGAUUACACCUCAAACUCACUUUCUGCCUUGAUUUUGAAGUAAGUUUUUCUCUCUUGUUUUCUCAUUUUCCUCUCACAGUGGCAUGCAUUCUCUGUCCCUGAGCUACAAAACUUUCUGGUAAUCCUGGAGAAAGAGGAGGCGGAGCGUGUGCGCACAGUGGAGCAAAAAUACACCCUGUACCGACAGAAACUACAACAGGCCCUUCAACAACUUGACCCCUGA